UUUACAGAUUAUCGAAAAUAGGCAAAUUAACUAGUGCUGAUGACAUAAUGACUUUCAGUCACUGUCAGAAUCAACAUGUAGCCUCAAAAUUUUCCCACUGAAUCACCAGAAUGGAUACAGUUCAGGAUUCCCCUGAACAACAAAAUUUCUUCAAGCGUCUUGUCAAGUUCAUCUCAUACCCAUUUGUGGCGGUUGGACGUAAACUAAUUCUCUGGUUGCACUUCACGGAACUUUUAUUCAUAAGACUUUACAAUAUUUACGCCCUCAUAUGUCAGUUGUUCUUUUUUGUCUGCUGUGCAGUGGUGUACCACGAAUCUACAGAACUCGAAAAGCAUGAAGAACACGUUCUUAUUGCACUGAAAACUUUACUGUUUUACUCCGUCUUUACGUAUUUCACGACAAAGACCAGAGACAUUUUAACAACGAAUCGAACGUCUCUUUUCCGUAAUUUUAGUAUGAUGGAAGGGGUUUGCAGGAUUAUAAUUGAAUGGGCGAAAGCCAUUAUUGUGGUGUUUUGUCUCCGAGAACAAGGGAUUUAUUUCAGACCCAGCAUCCCCUACGCUGCAACCACCUUCACUUAUUAUCUCUGCACCGAAAAAAUCUUUACCGAGAUUUUGCAAAAAGUGAUCAAGUAUUGCGAGUUUCAAAUAUUCGAGGAUUUAGAUCACUUAUACGUGCCGUUGGCUUUAAAUGUUUACACCAUGACGAUGAGCUUUACAGCCGAUUUAUAUUUGAUUUUAACGACCGAAUUUGUAACGUUUUCACUGUGUUGUGCCUACUUUACAAUAUAUCUUAGACUGAAAGAUUCCUAUUAUAAUUUUUGGAAGCUUCUCGUGUUAGAAAAGCAGACUUUUAACAGUUUUCGCGACGCAAGUCAGCAAGACUUAGAUGACUACGACGAUAUUUGCGCCGUUUGUUUGAAUAAGAUGAGCAAGGCGAAAAUCACACCUUGCAACCACUUCUUCCACCCUUAUUGCCUCAAAGAGUGUCUUAAAAACUCAUUCUUGUGUCCUCUGUGCAAAGUGAACUUUUAAAUAAAACUACAAUCAAAAGCUUA